UGUUAGUUCAGAAAUUUUGGACUUGUAGAAGACAUUCGAAUUAAAUCAGCUUACAAUGGUUUGGAUUAUCGUAAACAACCUCUUAAAGUACCAGCUGGGGAAAGCGGACAACAAACUAUUCUGCAGCUUCUAGCUACACAUGUAUGUGGGCAUAAAAACUUGCCGCUUUCUGCGUUUCCGCAUCGGCUUGAUUUCAACCUAACCUGGGCCAAGGCAUGCAUCCAUAUGUGUGUCUGUGGCUAUGUGGGUUUUUUGUAUGUAUAGUAAUUAAGGGUAACUAGCGCCCAAAACGAUUCUCGAGAGCGCCGAGGCGUAACGCUUGCGCCAAUUUUUAAGUGUCAGGUGAAAGACAAUGCAAGAGCCGGCGAAAACAAACAUUAAACUGUUUGCCCUUUGGGUUAUGCCAGAGAUCAUUAUUAGAUCUUUAAAAGUGAAAUGCCUUAAUAGUCGUAAUAAGCCAGUGAGAGUGACAGAAAGCAACGCCCUCAUUAGUUGCAAAAGUGUCAAUAAACCGCAGGUGUCAAUUGUCUUUUGUCGCAGAUACAAAAACACACAUACAUGUGUUGCUGUGUAUAUCAUAGACUGGACAGUUGAAGUUCUAGCUUGGGUUCAUUACUUAAUGACGCGGCAGCAACAAAACAAAGGCGUACCACACAUGGUGCAGCUAGAAGCUGUUAAGCUAAUUGCCACUACUUUGCUUCGAGUCUCGAUUCCAACCUGUUGUGCUGUUGGUGCCACAGCAGGAGGCUUUAAAGUUGCACUUAAAGCGUACUUGUGGCACCCCAAAUGCCAAUAUUUCUUGCAAAUUACGAAUUGGCAAUUCAUUUGCCAAAAAUGUUGUGCCCAAAACAAGCUUUUGACAAUUUCCUGCUGCGACUGCGGUUCAUUUCCUUUUCCUUUCACACGCUCGUUCUCUCUCUCUCUCUCUCUCUCUCUCUCUCUUCUAUUUUGGCAGGCCGACUACAGCGAGGCCAAGUCUCAUCUUGAGCAGUUGCAACAGUCCUUAACUCAUCAUCAUCAUCAUCAUGGACUCUAUCACACCGCGCCCAAUACUUCAACUAUAACCACAGAUUCGGUGGUUUCCUGUGUCACUUCAGUGGGCAAGGCCAUAUCCUCUCCAUCCUCUUCCUCCAGCUGUGACCACCUGGAUACGGAGCGCAAAAAAUGCCACAAUCACAGUGAGCUUGAUGUGAGUCACACGCUCAUGGAGGCCAUCUGUACAUUGCCGCCGCCACCGCCUCCACCACCCUGUUGUCUGGCCAUGGCCGGAAGCUCCACGCCACCAGCCGCAGCAGCUUUAAUGAAUGGCUCAGUGCCCAGUUCCAACGGUGCCAGCAGUUCCUUAUGCAAUGAGCUUGUGCGCGAGUCUUCCUGGUAUGCGCACCAUCAUCAUCACCAUCAUCAAUUGGCCGACGAGCUGGUCAUGUACACAACGCCAACGCCGACGGCAGCAGCGGCAGCUGCCAUUGGCAAAUUUGGACUGGACACUUCCACUGAGGGUUACUUGAACGCAAGGUACAAUGUGAAUGUCAAAGGCGUGCGCCAUGAAAGAACAUCAACUUUCUUCGAUAUACCCGCUGUGACGCACCCGCACCCGCUCCCGCACUCUCAUCCACAUGCCCACUCGCAUCCAUAUUGCUACAGAUUUCCAUCAACGCCACCCGCGGGCAUUUUAAAAAAGAGCGAUGAAGGAGCCAGCAGCACUUCAGCAUAUUGCAACGAUGAAUCCGUUGGUCAACAAUUUCACCAGCACAACACUAAGAUUGAGCAUGCCGACUCCACGACAACAGCGGCUCAACAUCAACAGCAACAACAACAACAACAACAGCAACACCAGCAGCAGCAACAAGCAGCGCUGCAUCACUCUCAGCUUCCACAUAAUCAUCAACAGACGCAGCAUACACAUCAACAAUCCCAUGCACACCUGACUCCAGUACAUGCUGCCUCCGCCUUCAAGUUCAGUCACACAGCUGUUAUUUCUAGUUCAGCUGUAUAUGCCACGCCUCCGCACUAUGGUCAUCCACAGCAAACACAGUCUCACAAUCAUGCGGCCUCCGUCUAUCGCGAUAUUUCGUCGACUGUAGCAACGGCUAGCGAAUCGGAGCUGAAGUACGAUAGUGGUCCUUACAACAAUACCAUCUCAUCAACCUAUCCGCCGCCUUUGCGUCCCAGCGUAGUUGAUUCGACAACCUCCAAUGAUGCUGAGCUGCGCUUGGAUCAGUUUUACGCAAGCAAUGCCAUUUCCACCAGCAGCAAUGCACAAGGCAUUAGCCAGCGUAGAGGCUCGCUACAGUUAUGGCAGUUUCUGGUUGCACUAUUGGAUGAACCUGCUACCAGCGCUAGCUGCAUUGCCUGGACAGGCCGCGGCAUGGAAUUCAAACUAAUUGAGCCAGAGGAGGUGGCGCGACGCUGGGGAAUACAAAAGAACCGCCCUGCCAUGAACUAUGACAAGCUUUCGCGUAGCCUGCGCUAUUACUAUGAGAAAGGCAUCAUGCAAAAGGUUAACGGCGAGCGUUAUGUCUAUCGAUUCGUCUGUGAUCCUGACGCACUCUUCAACAUGGCUUAUGGUCACCUCACAGGCAAACAAGCCGAUCAGCAGCAUCAGUUAACCUUGACGCUGGCCAAAUCCUCACCAGAGUCGCAAUCGCAAACGCAUCGCGUACAGAAAUCUCCAAGUACAGAUUACUACGAUAGCAGCUUACAUAAGUACCAGUAGGCGUAGCG